AUGAAUAAGCUUCCUUUCAGUAUUGUGCUAUUUAUAAGCACAAUAAUCGAUACUGUGUCUUCAAUUUCUUGUUAUCAAUGCUCGUCAAUUAAUGGAAGUAAUCCAGCGUGUGAAGAUUUCUUUCAUGGCGAACUGGAAGGUGUACCCGCUAUGUUGCAAACACCAUGUUUAACAUCUUCACGAGGUCGGCAAGGUCGCUUUCUGGCAACACAUUGCAUCAAACUAGUCGCUUAUUCUUCCGAACCAAAUCCUGCUCAAUAUGUCUACCGGACAUGCAGUAGAGACGAAGGUGAUGAUGAUAGUAUCACUCGUAUGAGCCAUUGUGGUUUUCUUAAACUUCACUGGAUCAAUCCGAAUCGACGAUUACGUGGAUGUUUACACAUCUGCGAUAGAGAUGCAUCGUACUAUCCUCAAGUAAAUUUCAUUGAGCCACCAAUUAUCCGACACACUAUUCUUGCUCGACAGAGUAUACUCUUUCGCUACGUUACGUAA